GUGGAUCAACAGUGUGGAGGUUUCCAGAUGAAGCCUGUGAAGAAGGAAGAACCUGAAGAUACAGAUGAACUCAAAAUAAAGAACGAUUCCUCCUGCUCCUCAUCUUCACAUUCCUGUACAGCCCAAAAUCAGCUCCACAAUCACAUCAAGAGCUGCAGUGAUGAUAAAUAUGAUGCGCUGGUGAAAUCUGAGACUGAACAUGAGAAUCUGACGCCCACCAGAAGCUCCAUUAAUCAGCAAACGUCCUCUGAUCCUGUCAGCAUUAACACGUCUCACCAGGGGAAACAGCAAGAAGGAAACGUCUGCUCACAUUGUGGGAAGAGCUUUAGGUCCACAAGUGACCUCAGAAUACACUGGCGCAUUCACACUGGAGAGAAACCGUAUCAAUGCUUACAGUGUGGGAAGAGUUUUAAUACACAGAGUGCUUUCAAAAAACACCGGCGCAUUCACACUGGAGAGAAACCGUAUCAGUGCUCACAGUGUGGGAAGAGUUUUAGGCAACAGAGUCAUCUCAAAGAACACCAGCACAUUCACACUGGAGAGAAACCGUAUCAGUGCCCACAGUGUGGGAAGCGUUUUAAUGCACGGAGUGCUCUUAAAACACACCAGCGCAUUCACACUGGAGAGAAACCAUAUAUGUGCUUAGACUGUGGAAAGAGUUUUAAUACACGGGGUCAUCUUAAAAUCCACCAGCACAUUCACACUGGAGAGAGACCGUAUCAGUGCUUACAGUGUGGAAAAAGCUUUAAUCAACAGACUCAUCUCAAACAACACCAGCGCAUUCACACUGGAGAGAAACCGUAUCCGUGCUCACAGUGUGGGAAGAGUUUUAAUACACCGGGUCAUCUUAAAAUUCACCAGCACAUUCACACUGGGGAGAAACCGUAUCAGUGCUCACAGUGUGGGAAGAGCUUUAAGCAACAGAGUCAUCUCAAUCAACACCAGCGCAUUCACACUGGAGAGAAACCGUAUCAGUGCUCACAGUGUGGGAAAUGCUUAGCUUAUUUAUCAACUUUUAAGAAACACAAGUGUGACGCAUUCGAUUGUACCAAAUAAACAUGUGUGGGUGUGGUUCCCCUUCCA